AUUCUAAACGAUGCUAAUUUAAAGUCAACGUUACAAUCGUACAAAUCACGUGAUCCACAGUUUUUCUAUGAAUUUAUAACAACUAAACUGCAAAUACAAAUCGAGGAAAGCAGUUUAAUAAAAAUUAAAGUGGGCCAUUAUCAAAAAUCAUUUGAAAUGUUAUGUAAAAUUGGAUCAGGAGGUUUUGGCGAUGUGUUCAAGGUGAAAACUAAAUCAAACAGUGAAGUAUACGCUGUUAAAGUAAUUGAUUUCAUAGCGAAAGAAUUAACGGAUAAACAUAAAAGAGAUGUCUAUAAAGAAGUGGAAUAUUUAAAGCGAAUUGACAACAAAUAUAUCGUCCACUGUAUGGACGCGUGGAGGGAAAUGGAUGUUGUUUAUAUUCAGCUCGAGAUGUGUUCACAAAAUUUAACGAAUAUUCUGGAAAUCAAACCACAAGUAUUCAAACGAUUGCCAAAAGAAUCCAUGAAUUCAUACGAAUAUAUCAUUUCGUGUGAAAUAUUUAAAGAAGUUUUAGAAUGCGUUCAGUAUUUACACGGAUUGCCAUUAAUUCACAGAGACCUCAAACCCGACAAUAUAUUAAUUUCGGAUAAUUCACUAAAUGGACGAUUUAUAAAGUUAUGUGAUUUCGGUCUGGUAACAGAACAUGAUAAUAUUAUUCACAAUAAAACACUUAAUAAACACACAGCAGAUGUGGGAACCGAGCGAUAUAUAGCGCCAGAAGUUAUAUUCGGUGCAAAAUAUAACCACAAAUGCGAUAUUCAUAACCUGGCAGUUAUUGGUGGCGAUAUAUUCGGAAUAAAUGUCCUUACUGAUUUAGACAAGUAA